AUGGCUUCAGCACAAGUUUAUCGUUUUCAACAACGUGUAUCAAAUCUUCAAUCACAUCAUAAAGUUGCAUCAAUUAGACAUUGUGAAGCUGUAAACAAUUAUAUUAAUCAAAAUAAUGAACUGAUGAAUUCGUUAAUGAUUCAUUUAAAGUCGACAAAUAAAAAUGUAAAAAGAAGUAAACGAAUUACAAAACCUCGUAACACAAAUACACAGUUAACAAAAUCUGCACGUUUUUCUAAUAAAUCAUAUGCUAUACAAUCUCAUGUUGAACAAGGGAACACAAUACACCCUCCUCCUCCUCAUCAUCAUCAACAUCAUUAUUCUACAUUAACAAGACAAACAGAUCUUAUUAAUUCAUGUUUAUCUAAAGAAUUAUGGAAUGAUUUCAAUGAGACAAAAAUAAAUAAUGAAAAUGUUGUAUGUAAUUCAAAAGAGCCAAUAUUUCCACCGCCAACAUAUGCAGAAUCAAAUAUUGUAUUGAAUAAUAUUACAUGGGAAAAUUGGUUUAAUGAUAAUACAAAUCGAAAUGAAAGUUUUAUUUCACAAAAUAACAAGUAUUCAUCAACAAUAAUGCCUAAAUCUAAUUAUAAUCUAUAUAAUAAUACAUAUUCAUAUAAUAUUUCUCCUUUUAUAUACAAUGAAACAAUACAAGAAAAAGAUUAUUGGAAUCAUGAUAAUCUGUUAGAUGAUAUUCAACAAGAAACAAUCAGUUGUAUUCCUGAUUAUCCUGUAUCUAGUGUACAGUCAUCAUUCAAUUCUUAUUGGUUAAAACAACAGUCUACUUCAUAUAAUAAACAUAAUAUUAAUAAUAUAAAUGAUAAUUAUAUAUACAAUGAAAAAUUGUAUUAUAAUCAAAAUAAUGUUAAAUCUUAUCCAACUAAUCAAAUAAUGAAUAAUUAUUCUAAAGAUAUUGAUUCUUUGAAUUGUGAUUAUUACAAACAAUAUGAUGAACAAUCUAAAUAUCCUAUUAAUCCAAUACUUGCAUCUACAUAUCGUUCAGUAGGAUCUUCUAAUCCAUAUUCAUACCAAUCAUCAGUAGUAGUAGACAGUUACAAAUCAAGUCAAUGCUCAAAGUCUUAUUAUGAUGAUUGUCCGUCUUAUUAUCUAUCUACCAAUAGUGAUCAUACCAACAACAACAACAACAAUAGUAGUAGUUACCAUUGUCAAACAGAUACAAAUACAUCAACAAAGCAUCCAAUAAUGUAA